GGAAAGGAAGACGCUUUCAAACUCACGCCCAAAGUAGAAGAUCGAAAUGGCGGCGCCAGCAGAAGGGAUGGAGGUUUCACAGGGGGAGAGCUCAGUCAAGCCUGCGGCUGAGGACAUGACAUCAAAGGACUACUACUUUGACUCGUAUGCCCACUUUGGAAUCCAUGAGGAGAUGCUGAAGGAUGAAGUUCGCACUCUCACGUACCGUAACUCCAUGUUCCACAACAAGCACCUGUUUAAGGACAAGGUGGUCCUGGAUGUGGGCAGUGGGACGGGUAUCCUCUGCAUGUUUGCUGCCAAAGCUGGAGCCAAGAAGGUUAUCGGGAUCGAGUGCAGCAGUAUCUCUGACUACGCUGUGAAAAUUGUCAAAGCCAACAACCUUGAUGAUGUUGUUACCAUCAUUAAGGGGAAGGUGGAAGAGGUGGAGCUACCUGUGGAUGGAGUAGACAUCAUCAUAUCUGAGUGGAUGGGCUACUGCCUCUUCUAUGAGUCCAUGCUUAAUACGGUUAUUUAUGCCAGGGACAAAUGGCUGAAACCAGAUGGACUCAUUUUCCCAGACAGGGCCACCCUUUAUGUCACUGCCAUCGAAGACCGACAGUACAAGGACUACAAAAUCCACUGGUGGGAGAAUGUGUAUGGGUUCGACAUGUCUUGCAUCAAGGAGGUGGCAAUUAAGGAGCCCCUGGUCGAUGUGGUGGACCCCAAGCAGCUGGUCAGCAACUCCUGUCUCGUCAGGGAGGUGGACAUCUACACAGUGAAGGCAGAGGACCUGACCUUCACCUCCCCGUUCUGCCUGCAGGUGAAAAGGAACGAUUACAUCCACGCUCUGGUCACUUAUUUCAACAUCGAAUUCACCCGGUGCCACAAGAGGAUCGGCUUCUCUACCAGCCCAGAGUCUCCUUACACCCACUGGAAGCAGACCGUCUUCUACCUGGAUGAUUACCUGACUGUGAAGACUGGUGAGGAAAUCUUUGGCACCAUCAGCAUGAAGCCAAACGUCAAGAACAAUAGGGACUUGGACUUCACCAUAGACGUUGACUUCAGGGGCCAGCUGUGUGAGAUGUCAAAGACGUUGGAGUACAGGAUGCGUUAGUCUCUCCCUCCGUCCCUGUUUUUGUCAUUAGUAGAGGACAGAUAUACAGUUUGACUGGGAGUCUGAGCAAUAGUCUGAUGCUCCCCCGCAGCAACGUUUUUAAGACAAUUUUUUUUCGUGUUCAAACAUUAACAGUAUUUAAAAUGGUUUUCAUGACUUUCAGUUCAAAGUGCAUUGGCGUGGUGCUUCAUUGUGCCGUAAACACUCAACAAAAUGUAUGUUAACAUAUGACCGGUGUUUGUGCCCAACAUCUGGCUGGGUUCUACUUUGAGGUUCUUUGUUUUGCAUGGGAGAAAUCGAUAUAGACACAAACUCAGCCGUCCCUUCAUUUUAGUGAUAACAUGGUAUUUGUCAGCAGUGUCCUCGUUUCCAUGUAUUAACAGGGCUGCUGAAGCUGAUUCCCCAUAUUUGGAAUAAGGACAUCAUUUGUAAUUCAGCACACACUCAGUAAGAUGAUCCUAAUCAUAACUGUUGGAAAUAGAUGGUAGCUAGGCUGCACCACUCAUUGUUUGACUUUUAGGCCACACUCUUUUGAGAGGCGCACACUUCAGUGCAACUUUCUGACCCUGCUGGAAAGGAUGGACACCAGGCCCAGGUCCUGAGGCUGGGGUUCAGCCAGCUCAGCAGCUCGGCUCUGUUUGCGUCCUGAGUCAAUGUGAAUGGUAUUAACUAUGUUGGCACUCUGCAGAGACACUUCUGACUCAUCACACUUUUCUCUUUUGUAUUGUUUUUGGCUGCUGCUUUUUUUUUUUUUUUUUUUUUUUUUUUUUUCUUUCUUUUUAAAUAAAAUUCAUAAACUGUAACUUUUCUGUCUUCAGUGUUCUGAGCUCAGCUGUCCCCACAGCAUCGCUGCUGAGUCUCACCGUACAGUUAAUCUGUCAUUCCACAUUCAGCCGUACACGGUCACUCAAGAACUUCAGUUUCAUAGUUACACUGAUGUUUUCAUGGAGCAUUUAUGUAUAUUGAAAACAGCAGCAAUAAAUUUACCUGAGGCAGCGUUCAUGAUUACAUGAUUUUCAGAGUGUGUACUGCAGUGUGGGGAUGCUCGUGUAGCGAUAACGAGCAUUUUUGGUCAGGAUAUUGGAAAUGCAGGACAUCAACAACUUGUUUACAUUUUGUGAGUCUCAGCAAAUAAAGCUGUUAUAGUUGUAUCUGAA